GCGGGUAACGGUCGGGAUUUGAAUUGUCGUUGGAAAACAGCGGCAGAUGACAGCAGGUUGUUACGCAAGCCAGUUUAUUCACUUGGAAACAGGAUUAUAACUGAGAUAAGAUGUCCAAGAAACAAAUUUUCUAUUCUGACAAGUACAACGAUGAGGAGUUCGAGUACAGGCAUGUUGUGCUUCCUAAGCAGCUGUCCAAGCUGGUCCCCUCCUCCCACCUGAUGACAGAAGAAGAGUGGAGAGGACUGGGAGUGCAGCAGAGUCAGGGAUGGAUCCACUACAUGAUCCACAAACCAGAACCACACAUACUCCUUUUCAGAAGGCCUCUUCCCAAGGAAUGAAUGGGAACAAUCUUCAAGCAUAAAGCUCCUUUGCAUCAUUGAGCUGCACUUCUUUUCUACAUAUGUAUAUUUCUAAAAAUGUUUUAAAUAUUUUUUUUUUUUGUAGAAAACUUUCCGUUUGCCUUUCAGAAUCCCUACAUUUAUUUUUUUGCUUGUGUUGAGAGCCAAGCUGCUUUUGUUCACUGUGAAUAAAAACCUUGAAUAUGCUACAAUAUGAAGGGGAAUGUUUACUUGUCUGUUGUACACCUUAAACAUAUUUUUGAAUGUCUUUUCUAGUUCAAGAUGCAUUUGUGUACGGAGUGACUAUAGGGUUUUUCUUUCCUGUUAAACGUUGUUAUGUAAAUUCGUUGUUAAAUGUUCGAAAUGUUGCAAACACUUAUUACCUUGUUACUUAAAGAACAAAAUAAAAUGUUAACUACAA